AUGGUGGAUUCCGCGCUCACACUGCCAUGUGGUGUGUGCCUGCCAAAUCGCCUGGCGAAAGCAGCGACGUCCGAGCAUUUGGGAAACCCAAGGACCGGCGAACCGACGAACGAGCUGGUCGAGUUGUACCGCAAGUGGGCCACUGGCGGGGCUGGGCUCAUCAUAACGGGGAAUGUCAUGGUGGACAGCUCCUAUUUGGAGGGCCCCUGCAACGUCAUCGCGAGUGAGGAGCAUCCGACCCUGCUUUGGAAGGAAUGGGGCAGCGCAAGCACAACCCCGGCUGCAGGUAGCUCUGCACCAGUGGCCAUUGUGCAGCUCUCACACCCUGGGCGGCAGUGUCCGCUGUCCGUGAGCUGGCAAAGGCCCGCCGCCCCAUCCGAGGUCUCAUUCAAGCUGCCGGGCGUUGGCCUCCAGCUCUUCCGGCGCCCGCGGGCUUUGACUGAGGAGGAGGUCCGAUCCCUGCCGUCCAAGUUUGCCGCCGCAUCGAAGCUUUGCGUGGCUGCCGGCUUCCACGGUGUGCAGGUACAUGCGGCGCAUGGCUACCUGCUAUCGCAGUUUCUGUCGCCCCACACCAACCGGCGGUCAGACGAUUUCGGCGGCCCCCUGCGCAAUCGCAUGAGGAUUCUCUUGGACAUUGUCGCCGCUGUCCGGAUGGCCAUGGGGCCAGGCAAGCUGCUCUCCGUGAAGGUGAACUGCCAGGACUUCCGUGCCGACGGUUUCAAGGAGUCCGAGGCACUUGAGCUUCUCGCCGAACUGGCGAAGGCAUCUGUGGAUUUGGUGGAG